AUGAAAUUCGAAUCGGCCCAGCUCGUCCUCCUUGCCACCGCUCUGAUCGGUGCCCAAACCGUUUCGGCUGCCAACGGCGUCGGCGGUGUCUGCGGUGGCUCUGCCAGCAACGUCGGUGCCAUCUGCCAGACCGGUCUGGUUUGCGUCAACACCCAAGGAAAAGAUGCCGCUGUGUAUGGAGGCACUUGCAUGGAUCGCCAUGUGCAAAGCAACUCGACCACGGUCUCCAAGAGCGGCGCCUCCAUGUCCAUGUCGAUGCCCAUGUCGAUGUCGAUGAUGCCGACGGGCAGUGCGUCCGCCUCGGCCUCGGGUGCGGCCCCGUCCAAGACAGCCGCAGCGUCGUCGUCGCCGACCUCGGGUGCUGUGGCUGCCUCGGGCUUCACAUCCUGGCUCGGUAUCUUCUCGGUGGUCGCGGCCGCACUGGCACUGUAA